AAUUUUUCUUCAUUUUGGACCCUGUUGGCACUUGGCAGUAGAUCUUCUUCUCCGAGUCUUUCUUCUCCCAUAGCUUUUUCAAACUUCAUAUUCGAUCUUCUAUCUUCUAUUGGAUUUCUGGGUUUGUUCAUUUCAGUUUUUCUUCUACCUUCCCUUCUCUUUCUCUCUCUCUAUCUCUUUCUCUUUCUCUUUAAACCGCCAUUAGAGGUUUGGAAGAACCAUUUGAAGCUUUACUUUCAGAUUCUGUAUCUUGCUGCUAAGCACGUACCUGUCUAGCAAGGAUUCGUCUCGUUUCAACUCGAGAAGGCCCCUCGUUUCAUAAACCCAGGUCCUAAGAGUCGUGUGAGAAGACUCCCUUCAGCUGUGAAAGAUUUUGAAUCUAAUUUGAUUCCGGAGAAUGGCGACAGCUACGUAUCCGCCGCCUCCUCCAUAUUACAGGCUCUACAAGAAUUAUUCUGAAAACCCUAAUUCUGCUCCUGAACCUCCUCCUCCAAUUGAAGGAACCUACGUUUGUUUCGGAAGCAAUUAUACUACUGAAGAUGUUCUUCCGAGCUUAGAAGAGCAGGGAGUGCCUCAACUUUAUCCCAAAGAUUCAAAUGUUGAUUACAAGAAAGAACUCCGGUCUCUGAACAGAGAACUACAGUUACAUAUAUUGGAGCUUGCUGAUGUUCUUGUUGAGAGGCCUUCUCAGUAUGCAAAGAGAAUUGGGGAAAUAUCUUCAAUCUUCAAGAACUUACAUCACCUUCUCAAUUCCUUGAGGCCUCACCAAGCCAGAGCAACGCUUAUUCAUAUUAUGGAACUUCAAAUUCUACAGCGGAAACAAGCCGUGGAGGACAUUAAGAGGAGGAGAGAAGAAGCACAGCGACUUCUAAAGGAUGCUUUCGUUCUAUCUCUUGCCGAGCUCCGUGGUGUUCCUUUCCCAACGCUUAAGGUCCAAACUUUGACUCUUGAAACAACAUUUACAAGAUCCGUUGUUCCUGAUAUAGCAAGGUUGCUGCAAAAUUCACCUGGAUUGAAGAAGCUUAUAGCACACCCAACAGCCGGGGGCGAAAUAGAGGAUGAGGAUAUGGACCGCUAUUUGGUUGCACAAGGCUUGGGUCCGGAUCAAUGUUGGAGAUCAGAAUAUGGGGUGUUUCCGAGCUCACAAGAGUUUCGUGCGAUGGAAUCUUCUCGUGAGGAUGCGGAGUUAAAACUGGUCGUGGCUUCGUUCGUGGAAAUGGUGCUGAGAAACGUGAAAACACUAGAGACGUUGGGUGUAACGUUCAAACAUAUCUACCGCCUUCGUGAUCCAAAAUGGUUCCAAGAGUUUCUUCAGAUGCCUCCAACACUACCUAACAACAAUAAUGUCUCCAUUGUGCUCAGACGCUAAUAAAGUAGUACUUUGCAUCAGUGUUUUACUUCAUCUGAAAUUUUAUAAAACGUUUUUCAAUGAGUCUCAUGCACACUUGACGUGAAUUAGUUAUUUGUAUAUCUGAAUUUUUUUUAGUGAUAAUUUACAGUUGAAAAUUGGGG